AUGGAUUUAGACGAUAUCGAAGAUAUUGUUAGGGAAGGUGACGACUUUGGGUCGGCUGGUAGUGGGGUACGGAAGUACGUCGUUCCGCGAGCGCGCGUCACUACCAGAAAGGUACCAAUACUGUCCAAUCGUGACUACCAGAAAGCAUGUACUGUUGUCAUCAUCCCUACGCCAGACUUCUUUUCAUGA